AUGAAAUCUAGGCUAUUUCACUUUGUGACCAUUUCCAAUAGACUUUUAAAAAGACGUAUAAAUCUUUCGACUAUAAAAUUAUCGAAUAUUGUACCAUUAACUAUUUCAGUCGGUCUAACAGGUUAUGCCUUUUCUAAAUAUUUGUUUCAUAAUGUCGUCGUUCAUGCUGAAACGGCGUUUACUAUAAGUGAUGUUGGUGAAAGGAAACCAAAAUUACCUGUAUAUAGUAUGGAAGAUGUAGCAAAACAUACAACGAAAGAAUCUGGCUAUUGGUUAGCAUUUAAAGAUGGUGUAUAUGAUGUAUCAUCAUUUGUUGAAAAUCAUCCAGGUGGAAAACAAAUAUUAAUAACAGCCGGAAAAGCAUUAGAAUCAUGUUGGAAAAUAUUUACCAUACAUCAGAUUGAUCAUGUGUACGAAAUAUUAGAAGAAUAUAGGAUUGGAAAUUUAAAAGAAGGUGAACGUGAGAAAAAUGAACAGCAAAAAAUGGAUACUAUUGAUUUAUUUCAAUAUGAUCCGGAGCGUGUGAAUGAAAAAAUUAAUUUUAUUGUUCGUAGUCAAAAACCGUAUAAUGCUGAAACGCAACCAUUGAUGUUAAUUGAACAUUUUAUCACACCAACCGAACGCUUUUAUGUACGAAAUCAUAUGCACGUGCCAUUUAUUAACAUAAGGGAUUAUGCACUUGAAGUACAAACAUCGGAGGGUAAAAAAUAUCGAUUGACUUAUGAUGAGUUGAAAAACGAAGAGAAAUAUUCACAAACAACCAUUGUCUCCGCAUUACAAUGUGCUGGAAAUAGACGAGCACAAAUGGGUGAAUUGAAACCAGUACAGGGUGCGAUUGGAAAUGCAACAUGGACUGGUGUUAAAUUGUAUGAUGUUUUAAGAUCAUUUGGUGUAUUAGAUGACAGGAGUUUAGAAAAUGGAAAAAUUAAACACGUUCAAUUUUAUGGUUUAGACUGUGAUGCGAGUCAACGAUGUUAUGGUGCAUCGGUACCAAUUGAAAAAGUUUUAGAUCAAAAUAGUGAAAUAUUACUAGUGUUUAAAAUGAACGGUGAAACACUCACUACUGAUCAUGGCUAUCCAGUGAGAGUUCUUAUCCCGGGUACGAUUGGUGCACGAAGUGUGAAAUGGUUAAAUAAAAUUAUCUUGUCCGAUAAAGAAGCAUCAAGUCAUUGGCAGCAAGCUGAUUAUAAAGUUCUUCCUAGUACAGUUCUUAAACCGCAACAAUCAGAUUAUGAUUUGCAACCGUCUAUACAAGAAGGAAAUGUUCAAUCGGCUAUAUGCCAACCACCGCCAUCUUCAGACUCCGUUAAAAUAUUGUCAACAAAAUCAGAUAAAACAAAUGGGAUACUGACUGUCAAAGGAUAUGCCAUUGGUGGAGGUGGACGAGCAAUACAAAAUGUUCAAAUAAGUGUGGAUAAUGGACAAAAUUGGUUUAAUGUGACAAAUUUAGAACAACAGAAACAAGCGUACAUGCAAGCGUGGGCAUGGACAUUGUGGUCUUAUGAUUUAAAUCUAAAAGAAUUGGAAUUGAAAAAUGCACCGUUAGAAAUUGUGUGCCGAGCUAUGGAUAUUCACACAAAUACACAACCGGACACUUGCAAAGAACUAUUUUUUUGGUUAAAUAUUUCGCGAGAUGACGCUGUUAAAUGA